UCCAGUUCAAAAACAGAUUUAUGGGCUCAUAUUCGUAAGUUAUUGACUCUUCUCGACUUUUAUGUACGUCACAUGCUCAAAUACAUAAUUGUGUACCCCAAGGGGUUUUUCCCUUGUAAUAAAUAAUUGUUCUUUCAUUUUGAGAUGUACCUUGAAAUCAUUACUUGAGAUGAUUAUCUGAUGUAAAUUGUAAAUGAACAAGUCUUAAGGUUAAAAUAAAAAAACAUUGAUUUUUCCCAGUUUGUCCUGGUGGGAAUUUUUAAAGUGAGACCUGUGUUAACCCUUUAACUCCCAAGAUCUGAUUGUAAAUUCUCCCCUCUAGCUGCUACACAUUUCUGUGAAUUAUUUGUGAGAAUUUGAUGUGAGAUCAAAAUAACAACUUCUCCCUGAUAAGUUUGAGUAUUCUCAUCACCUUUUUGCAGGGUAAUGUAAUUAUGGAUAUUAUGGGGAGAAGUUAUUUAAUUAUUAAUCACUUCUGGGAGUUCAAGGGUUGAGCAGCCCCCCCAUGAUGUAGACACUUUUCCAGUUAACAUUCUAAUCCCAAUUUUUACACCCUUGUUCAUUGAAAAUUAACCAGGAUUUGACACUUACAUCAAGCUGAUACAGACAUGCAGAGGGGAUUCCUCAACAACUUUAAGUUUUUUGUUCGACAUAAGAGUAGACUAUUGGACUAUGAUUGACCCCAACAUACAAAGAUACUAAUUCACUGUUACACCUGUACAUGUGUACAUGACCAAUUACUGUGGUGACUAGAGAUCUUGUAAUCACCAUCAAGUCACUAUGUACGCACUUGUGUAUUAAGUUUCAAUGAAUAUUCAUACUGCACACCCAUCAUCUAGGACAUUACACUUGACACAGGCCAUAGCAAAUACACUUACCUAUUUCUUGUUUAUUUCAUUAUAGAGAAGAUAUGACAUUCAUCUUGUCCCAAAAUCAGAUACAGGAUCUAGGGGUAAGAAAAAAAAACUGUAGAUAAAUCAUCAUGCAGUAUUUUACAGAAAAAAGUAGCCAGCUUAAAAUUCAGUGUCCUUCCUCACUAACAGACUACUUCUCUCAUCCCUCCCUGGGCCAAAUUUUCAAUAUGAUCCCAUUUAAAGUAGCUGUCUGUCAUCUGGUUUCCAAUCUGUCAAACUUGCAGAAAAGUGAGUGCAAAUAUUGAUACUAUUGAGUACCAUACAUUUACCUAACUAUCAAAGAAGGUAUAAUAAUUUUGUACAACUCUGAAUUAUAAUUUCCUUUACACAGAUAACUGCUGAUACACCAAAUAUCCACCCAAGGUAAAUGAUCAGAAUUAUUGUCAUAAUCAUGUCAGAAUACAGCAUCUUGUGCAUUGCAUGUCAUGGCUUUAAUUUUCAUACUGUACAUGUGUAUACUUGGAAACACCAGCUAUCCUUAAAGAGAAAGAGGAUUUUAAGAAUAUUUACAUCACUGAUUAUCCAAUACCAGUUAUGCCUAUGUGGCUCAUUAUCAUUAGUUUUACUAAGAAAUCGUAGAAGCACCAAUUUUAAUGUUUGAAACUGAGGAUACUGAGAAUGUCUCCAUUGCUGAUUAUCCUGAAGGUCUCUUAGGCCUUUUUUUUCUGUUCUAAUUGCUCACAAGUAAACUCAAAAGUAAAUUAGACAAGGAGUGUUUAUCUACAUGUACACAAGUAAAUCAUAUGUAAUAAUUAUCUAGCCAAUUUCCAGCAAACCUGUUUGAGUUCAUUUUUAUUGAUUAAUAAAACAUAUUGUUUGAUGGUCAGCAAAAUACCAUAAGUGUGAAUGUGCAUGAAAUUGUUGACUGCUACAGUAUAUCUAGUUCAGAAAGAGAAAGAGAAGAGUCUAAAAGUUGAUUCCACAAAGAAAAUAACACUAGGAGUCACAAUUCCAACUUUAGCAUUUCAGAUGGAAGGUCAAAAUUACUGCCCUCAUACUCAUUUUGUGGAUUUUUUACUGCAGUAUGUUGGCAUACAUUCUCAACCAGAGGCACUUCAUUCAAUCCUAUGGCAAUAUGCUGGCAACCCAGGACAACAUGCCUGCAAAUCAUGGCAACAUGCAAGGAAUUCAUGGCAAUGUGCAACCAAUUCAUGGCAAUGUGCAACCAAUUCAUGGCAAUGUGCAACUGAUUCAUGCCAAUCUACAAGCCAUCCAUGGCCAUAUGCAAGCAAUACAUGCAUACAAUGACUGGCAUAUGCAUCUAUUUGACAGAAUG